AUGUCUGUCGCAAAGAGCAUCGCCCUGAUCACAACCAGCACCAGAAAGUCAAGAGUGGGCCCUCAUAUCACAAACGUCAUCAAUGAAAUCAUCACAGGCGAUGCAGACGCUGUCAAGAACACCAAGAUCUCCUUGGUAGACGUCGCAGACUUCAACCUCCCCGUCUUUGACGAGGCAAUCAUGCCCGCAAUGGUUCCCUCCAAGGGCUCUUUCACGCAACCUCAUUCUAUCGCCUGGAGUGCCGAGAUUUCCAAGUACGACGGGUACAUCUUUGUUAUCCCAGAGUACAACCACGGUCUCGCAGGCGGUACUAAGAAUGCCAUUGACUUUCUGUACAACGAGCUGGUUGGCAAGGGUGCCAUGAUUGUAAGCUAUGGUAUCUUUGGAGGACUCACGGCGAGUGAACAGCUCCAGGGCACGCUCAAGGGGAUGAAGCUCAAUGUCGUUGAAACACGACCGGCUCUCGCGUUCCAUGGCAACGUGAGCGCGGAUCUGUGGCUUGCGGGAGAGGGGAAGUUAGGUGAUGAUACCCGCAAGGAUAUUCUGACGGCAUCGCCUACGAUCCUUCAGGCUUUUGGAGAACUCAAGGAUCUUGUGGAGAAACAGGCGACAGAAUGGACUCUCAUCUUCAUCGCCACAGGAGUCAUCGCAGCACGGCUCUAUCUACGUCUCAUCCUGCAAAAGAGGCGACUUCUCCUUAGUGACUUGUUCAUGUGUGCAGGAUGGUGCAGCGCUGUUGCUCUGGCAAGUUUCGAUAUCGUCUUUUACCGGAUGGGCGUCCUUCGUCAAGGAGUCACCCUAGGUCUAGUCGGGUUUGAGGGUACAGCUGAAGAAGCUGAAAGAUUCUACAAGCUGAACUACUUUGCUAACUACCCGUUCUUCGCGACAUUCUACCUGGCCAAGGCGGCUCUUCUGGCUGUGUACCACCAAGUCUUCCCCGUCUUUAUGGUCAGGAGGCGGCGGUUUCUAUGGGCUACAGUCAUAUACGUCGCCCUGAGCUUUAUGGUCACUAUAUUAUUGCUCUCCCUUAUAUGUCUACCCACAUAG